AUGUCCUCAACGACCACUUCAAGUGCAUGGCCCAAGGGGCAGAAUGAUGAAGUGGUGAGACUGAUCAACCUAUAUUUCAACUUGGUGGACAGUAAGGAAGCAGGUGCAGGACCACGACUUGCAGAUGAGGUUUUCGCAAAGCAUGGUAAAUGGUAUGCCUCGCUUGGAUUUUUUGAAGGCCGCGAUAGCAUUGCGGCCUCCCGUGACAAAGCAUGGGAUAAAGUCAAUUCACAGCGUCACAAGUUACUCAAAGUCUUCAUGAACAACGCCGAGGGCUUGGAUUUCUUGCUCGUUGGUGUUGCCGAUGUCGAUUUCAAAGAGUCAGAGCCAAUCACAGUGGAAUUCCUUAUACAUACCGCAGUCGGCUAUGAAGAUGGACAUCCUAGGAUUCUCUUUUGGCAGCCCGUGUUGUCGAAGCCGAGUCCUUCUGACAAACCAAUUCUUGCGCAGAUUGAUUGGGAUAAAAUUUGA